AUGGGCAACAUCUGCUCCCGCUCUUCCAAUGAGGCAGACCCCUUCAACCAACCGGGUCGUGUAGUCGGCACCAACGCAGAGAGGACUGCCGCACCCCGCGCCCCACUUCCGGCCAAGACGAACUGGAAGGCUACACCCGGCCGCACUCUGGGUGGGAGCACAGAUGGCGGUACUGCCGCAACCGACGAGGCACGUGAAAAUGCUGCAAUUGCCGCGCAGAAACGUGCCGAGACUGCCUCUGCCAAUAAAGGGAAACUGGGAUCUAAGCUGGCUGCGCAGAAGGCACAGACUCAAGCGCAGACAUUGGAUCAAGUCAGUCGUACGGAGAGGGCUGCGCGAGAUGUAGAUGGGACGGAGGCUGCAAGGAGGUGGGAAUAG